UGGUACCUUUGUCAUUCAUAGACAAUAAAAAUCUACUACAUAUGUCUGACAAUGUCUGACCUACCAACUAAAAGUUGUUUUUGAUUUUUUUUUAUUGUUAUAACUCGUUACUGUAGUAAAUUUGGACUGGUUCCAAUUUCCCAACAAAAAUCUUAAUAUUCAUGAAAUUAGGCCACUAUUUCAAUUAAAAAUCUGUAGAUUCACUAUUGUAAGAUUUCUACUUCUUUUAGCGUCAGUUGUUCAUAACAAUAACCUUUCGUCAUUGUGAAAUUAUUAAUUACGUCUAAUUAGAUCGGAAAAUCUGUUGAAGUUUUAAGAUUUGUGAAUAAUAGUAGCAGUGAGCGGCAUGGCUAAGGAAGAAGAUGAUGAUUUACCAGACAAAGAUGCAGCCAAGGAAUUUUACGCAAAAUAUGAACCCAAAGAAAUCAUAGGCAGAGGCAUAAGUUCUACUGUGCGAAGAUGCAUAGAGAAGGAAACGGGACGAGAAUAUGCAGCCAAGAUCAUAGACCUAAGUCAGGAAUCACAAGAUGGAGUGGACACACACACAAUGAGAGAUGCCACUCGUCAAGAAAUACAUAUAUUGAGGAUGGUCUCUGGACACCCAUACAUUAUUGAACUUCAAGAUGUGUUUGAAUCAGAGACAUUCAUAUUCUUAGUAUUUGAGCUGUGCAAGAAUGGUGAAUUAUUUGACUAUUUGACAUCUGUAGUUACACUCUCUGAAAAGAAAACUAGGUAUAUAAUGAGACAAGUGCUCGAAGGCGUGAGACACGUGCACAGCAAGAACAUCGUUCACAGAGACCUGAAGCCGGAGAACAUUCUGCUGGACGAUCAGCUCAACGUCAAGAUCACAGACUUCGGCUUCGCGAAGGUGCUCAAAGACGGGGAGAGACUGUUCGAAUUGUGCGGCACGCCCGGCUACCUUGCCCCGGAGACGCUGAAGGCGAAUAUGUUCGAAGACGCUCCUGGCUACGGGAUGGAGGUCGACUUAUGGGCUUGCGGAGUCAUCAUGUUCACAUUACUGGUGGGAUGUCCUCCGUUCUGGCACCGGAAGCAGAUGGUGAUGCUGAGGAAUAUAAUGGAGGGGAAAUAUUCUUUUACCAGCCCCGAGUGGGUGGAUAUAUCAGACGAUCCUAAAGAUCUCAUCCGACGGUUUCUAGUAGUGGAACCGAGUAACAGGAUAGACCUGAUGGACGCUUUAAAUCAUCCCUUCUUCAACACUGUGCUGUGGGACCAGGAUAUGAAGCCGCUGAAGCAGAGCUUCUCGACGCAAAGCCGCAGGAUGUCUAGGAUCGAGCAGCUCAGCAUGGCAAUGAAGUGCGGCAGCUUCAACGGGCGCGCCAAGCUGCGCGUGGCGCUGGUGACGGUGCGCGCGGCGGUGCGGCUGCGGCGCCUCCCGCACACCGCGGCGCGCCCGCUGCCCCUCGCCGACGCCGCCAGGGACCCCUACGCCGUGCGCGCGCUCAGGAAGGUGAUAGACGGGUGCGCGUUCCGCGUGUACGGGCACUGGGUGAAGAAGGGCGAGGGACAGAACCGCGCCGCCCUGUUCGAGAACAUGCCAAAGACCGAACUCAAGGCUCUGUACGUGAGCAACCUCAGCCGGUAGCCGGUCGGCCUCGCUCGCGACCUCCUCGACGUUGCUGCGCGCCUGGUACCGCGGAUCUAAUCAAAUACCAGGGCAGCAGAGUCACACAAGAGUAUUCCGGGACCUGGGGCGUGAGUGACGUUCUAGUGUAGACAGUCCGGCCUGUAGUAUGUACAUUAAACUAUAAAUCUCAAUGGAUACGACACGUUUUAGUUCAAUUUAGGGCUGCUACAGCGAUAGCGGUUCGUUAUAACGUUUUUUUUUUUUUAUAAAAAUAAUUAUGAAAUACAAUUUGUAGCUAAUAACGGAAUGACUCGAAAUCGUAUAUAUAUAUAUACAUAUAAUUAUAUACUUUUCUAAUGUCUCGUCGACAUUCGCAACUCUUGUCCUUAUUUUAGUACUAGAAAUAGUAGGUAAUACUGUUUUAUUUAUUUAAGUAUACAUUAUUGACGAUGCAAAUGUGUUUUUCGUAUUUUAUUGUUUAGUAUUUACGUAGAGAAGUUUUCUCUUGCACGUCCUUGAAGGGCAGUUCGAAUUGGCAUUGGCGUGGAUGCAGUGUUUUAUUUCCGAGGCGUAUUCGCAAUGCAUAUGAGGGUGCUUAAUGCGAGUUUUUUAACGUUCUCGAUAGCGUUAAAGUUAACUCAAGUUUGUAUGCAGUUGGAACAGCGCCCCUAGCGGCAAACGUACGCAAACGCUCUCCAUACAAAUUCGAGUUAACUUUUACGCUAUCGAGAACGUUAAAAUACUCGCACCAAGCAGACUAUAUUGACGAGAUGCUGGAAGGAUCCGGUUCCAAAUCGGCAAUGAAAUGCUUUAUUUAGAUGGAAAUUCCGAUGGCGAAGGAUCUUCAAGUCGUACGAUCACUCCUAGCGCAUUAAUGACGUCACUGAGUUUGUACUGUUGACGUCACAAACAACAAUGCUUAAACAGCGAGCCUGUACAGUUAAAAGUGGUUCUACAAAAACGAACCAAGAUUUUGAAAGUGUCCCUCGGCCUCAACAGAUCGUUUGAGUGUCGCGCCCUUGAAAUCGAAAUUCUAAAAUGAAGAACGAAUAAUGCAGUUGCGUAAAAAAAGCGUUUUUUUUUUCUAGUGACGGUCCACGUUUAGAGUUUAGUAUUAUUUAAUUUUGUAUUUUUAACGCUAAUUUUUUUUUUAUUUUAUUAAUAGUAAGCUAUGUAUUUUUGAUGGGGAAUACUUUAAAUGAGUCGUCUAUUAUCAAAGGUGGCAAUCUGUGCAUUUGGACAAAAAAAUGUUAUUAAUAUGUCAAUACAGAUUGAUUUGAAUAUAAUCGUCUCCUUCAAAGAAUACGGUUCAAAACCUGCAUUAAAUAAACUAUUAACUUAACCUGUUAUUUAUUUAAGAUGUCGUUCAGAAGAGUUUUGUGACUGCCAAUGGAAUACAAAGUCAAUAAUUCGUUUUUCUGAUUUACCAAUAAUUAUCCAAAAGUCACAUUGCCGGCUUUGAUAAUAGUCGACUCAAAUGAAAGAAAAAUCGAUUUUAUUAAUUGUGUUAUUAUAUAGGUUUUCACAGUAAAUGUUAUGUGCAUGUUCUGUUUCAUUCGAUCGGACCAGUAAAAACGGUUUUAAUCGAUCUUAGACUAAUCGAUUCCGUAUCUUACUAACACCACUUUGACAAAUUAUACUACAAAAGUCGUCGCGGCCCAAAGGAUAAGUCGUCCGGUGCAUUCGUAUCGAGCGAUGCGACAGUGCCGGGGUUCGAAACCCGCAGGCGGGUACCAAUGUUUCUAAUGAAAUACGUAGCUUACAAAUGUUCACGAUUGACUUCCACGGUGAUGGAAUAACAGAGUGUAAUUAAAAUCUAAGCUGCAAUAUAAUGUUAUAUGUGUUAUUACUGGUGGUAGGACGUCUUGUGAGUCCACACGGGUAGGUACCACCACCCUGCCUAUUUCUGCCGUGAAGCAGUAAUGCGUUUCGGUUUGAAGGGUGGGACAGCCGUUGUAACUAUACUUGAGAUCUUAGAACUUAUAUCUCAGCUGGGUGGCGCAUUAACGUUGUAGAUAUCUAUGGGCUCCAUUAACCGCCUAAUAUCAGGUGGGCUGUAAGCUCGUCCACCCAUCUAUGCAAUAAAAAAAUAAAUAAUAAUAAUCAUUUAUUAAUUGUCGGUCCGUAUACGUCAGAAUUCUUCAUUAGGUCUAAUCUAUCAGGGAUUCCGUAUCUUUUGUUCAAAACAGACGAACACGGCUUCUUGGUGUUAAGUGGUUACCAGAGUCCAUAAGCAUUAAUCAACAACGUUGAUAUCUUAUUUUUUUCUUCCCUACCUUUCUCUGGUAGCCUAAGAGGCUAUUUCAGCCACGCCCUGACGGGUAGGUGAGCUCUCGGGCUCAACCUGAUAGAAUUUGCUAACACUAGCCCUAGCAAGAGCAGUGCUUCGCGGAAUCUACCGACGGAUCGGAAUCGCGACCCAUUAACAAAGUAUCUCCAGGGCUGGUAUUUUGUUUGACUUGGUUUUUAUCUUCACGAUAAGAUGGUCUCGGGUGUUAGUCAAGCGCCCGUCAUUUUCUUUAUUCAGGGCGUUUAUUUUAAUGGAGAUUAAACUUUAAGUAUUUUGAAUUGGGUUUACUACACGCGAAAACCGAAGCUAAUACUACAGUUAGGAUCUCCGAUUCGGAGUAUUUUUAUGUUCAACAAUGAACAAAUUGUCACAAAAAAUAUAUAUGUAGUAUAGUAAUUUUUGCCGAAUUUUAAUGCCGUUUUUUUAAAUAGUAGUCAAUAUAAACAGAUUAAGACGGUCCCUUGUAUCGGUAUGAAACAUCAAUAUCUUAAAUACGGUUCAAAAGAUGAAGUAACUCCCUUGCGAGACCUUUCACGGCUCGCGUUGUACAUUUCGAUUUAGUGACCUUAUACAUACAGUUAGAGUUAUCGAUAUUAGCGGCUCAGUGAUCGUUAAAGCUAUUAUUGACAGCAUAACUAUAUCAAUAUCUAUACAAAUAAAUAAAAUUGGAGUGUCUGUUUGUAAUAAUAAAAUGACAACUUUUUACUAAAUGCGUAGUUAAGUAUACCACAGUACACAUACCAAAAUUUUUUUUUUUUAAUUUUUGUCCCCCUGUCUGUUUGUUCCGGCUAAUCUCUGGAACGGCUGGACCGAUUUUGUCAAGACUUUCACUGAUAGAUAGCUAAUGACAUAAGGAGUAACUUAGGCUACUUUUUUUAGAUUAGCCUCCGCCCGCGGCGUCACCCGCGAUACGACAAUAACCGCGGGUAACAUCGCGGGACUCAGCUAUCAAUAAUAAAAUUUAAUGUUUCCGAAGCGAAGCGAAGUCUUUCUCUUACCCACAAAUAUCGAAAUAAAUUCCCGUCGAUGAUCAAACAGUUUUGUAAAAAAUAGAAGUAUAGGGUCCGAUAUUGGUGAUAAAGGUAGACUGUGCGCCACGUUUUCCGUUCUCGUGGGUCCAGUCAAUACAAAUAAAAAUAUAGUAAAAAAUCCUGAAAAUGCUUCAAAGAAACAUCUCUUUAAAAUAAAUGUUGUGUUCAAUAAGAUAUCGCGAUACCCAAAAGUCGAACAAGAAUGCUCAUUCAAUCUAAUCCUGCAGGCAGGUAGAAAAAAUCUGUAUGAAUACGUAAUCACGAUAAAAAAAUGACGCCGAACCAAAACAAUCCAAUGCGUAUUCUGUGAGGCAUAAUAUUAGGGGCGAGAACCACAAUCCCAUUUCUGCCGCGAAUUAGUUCCUCGUAGGGGGUAUCAACGGUCGUUAUUGAAAUACAAACUUUGAAUUAAUGUCUCAAAGUCGGUAUUCAUGUUGCGGUGCCCGCGGUUUUCGCUAACCACUAAACGCCAGGUGGACUAUGAGUUUGUCUGUUCAUUUAGAACGGGGAUUCCCAAACUGUUUUGGGCAGGAGACCCCUUUUUCAUAAUGAACUUAUAUACCUCUAGACUUUCCCUAACAAAAUUACUUUAAAAAUCUUAUCUAGUUUUUUCCUAUUGGUACAAAAUACUUACCAUUUUAAAAACUCCUUUAAAGUCUCUGAUCUAGGAAUAUAUAAAUAAUAUACAGUCAAACCUGGAUAAGCGAGAACUGGAUAAGUGAGAAAACUCUAUAAGUGAGAGUAAUAGCCAGGACCCGUCAUUUUAAGCGCCCAAAACCUCUAUUAGCGAGAAACAGAAACCUCUGUAAGAGAGAGUCGUUUCUCCCUCAUGGACCUCCGUAAGUGAGACUGCUACUAAUCUAUACCUCUAUAAGCGACAGUCGAGCUUUAUUUAUUUAUAUUAUUUAGGAGGAACAAAUGACAAAACAAACUACAAAUUUAACAUCUGCUAUUUUAUGACUCAUUCUUAACUUUCGGGGAACUUCCUACCAUUGUUUUUGUAUUGUUUUCUCGUCAAUAUUGAACCUAUUCUAUUUCGUGGAACUAAAUAACGUUGCUAUUUUAUCGCAUUCUUUUCGAAUGGACACGUGUGCCUGUGUACCGUCCUGUUUGUCGGCCUAACUCAGUUUAUCGGUAAUCAAUUGCGAAAGAAAGUUCUGCUUUCUGCAUCAGGUCGAAACGGAAAAUUAAAUUACUGUCAUUAAGUGAUAAAUUUAAAAUAGGGAAUGCGUUUCAAUCCGAAAAUCGCGAAAUGAAAUUCAGAGGGAGCAUUAGCGAGAAACUCGGGUUAGUGAGAAACCUCUAUAAGCGAGAAUGAGAUUGUGCUCCCUUGAACUCUCGCUUAUCCAGGUUUGACUGUAUUUAAUAAAAUAAUAUUGAAAUAAUUUCAUAAACGUAAUGUAAAUUUGAGGUGACUUUUUACACUUUAAAUAACGUUCAUAAUUUGUGAUAUAAUCAGAUAAUGAUUUUUAAUUGUUUCCUAGUUCAGUUAUGAGGGACUCCCAUAAACAGAUAUUUCCAAUUAAUUAAAUAAAUUAUUUGUAAAUAACAUUGCGAGAGUGACUAGUAAAAUUAAUACUUUAGUAAAAAACAAGAACACUUUCUUUUCAAAUGAUAAUGGUGAUAUUUUAAGCUUUUGUAAAAAAAAAGUCGCAUUCGUUUGAGCCGGAGGCCUUCAAAUAUCGAUAGUCCCUCUUAAGCUUUUGAUAAUGAUGGCCGGUGAAUCCCGUCGAUACCCUCAUAUGUGCAUGACUAUGUGACCGCUAAACUUUACCAGGGUACAAUGUUAAUGAGGGGAUACACCCUUAGGAUAAGUUUUGAUGGGAGGCAGACGUUAUCCCAACAAUACGAUUGAGACUUUUAUCUCAUGAUUCAUAGUAUAGAUAGGUAUUGAAUUCAUCUAUAAGUAAUAUAAAAGACAAAAUCUCAAACUAGUUUUACCCUUGGUGAGUUCAUGUCCUUUCUUUCUCCUUGACGUGUAGGUGAACUCACGGGGCUCAAACCGGAGUGUUACUAACACUGGCCCUAGCAAGGGCAGUGCUUCGCAGAAUCUACCACCGGAUCGAAAACGCGACCCACUGAGAAGAUCCAACGAGAAACCCAGUGGGAUACGUCUAUGGGUUAAUUUACUCGUCGAGCCCUACGUCGGAAGCGACGGGUUCGGCGAGGACGGUUACCGGUGCUUGAGGUACCUAAAAGCACCGUUAAUGAAUCGGGAGGAUCCGUAAUGACGUGUCUGAGACUAAUAUCUCAAGGUGGGUGGCGGCAUAAACGUUGUUGAUUUCUAUGAACUCCGGUAAUCAUCUAAACACCGUCUAAGUAAUAAAAAAAGCCGGCAAUUUAUACAAUACACAUAUUUGUAAAGGCAAUUUAAAAGGUACUGAUUUGUAUGUCGACUCGGUCAUUGCCUCUUCGGACCUGUGGUUAUUGAAAACUUUUUUUUUUAUUUUGCCAAGUAUUGUUUUUUUUUGACGAAGACACCAAGCCCAUUUAAAAACUUUAUUCUGACAAUGACUUGUUUUUUUCUUUUUUUGUAUUUUACACAUUGCUGUCAAAAUAUUGUUACGAAACAAAAACAUGCGAUUUCUUAAAUGUGCCGGUUUACGUGUUCUUAAAACUCCAAUAUUAUAUGUACCCUCCUAAUCGGAAUGUGAUUGAUUUUGUAAAUUUGAAAAUAAAAAUACAUUUUCCCUAA